UCACUUAAUACUCAGGAUAUUAACACUUGACGCUCGGUGACAGUAGCCGUGGUCACAGGCUCUCUCAGCCGCUUCAGACCCUCGCCACCUCAGCAGCAGCACAAGCAGCAGUAGCGGUAGAGGACAGAAGACUGAAAGAUAGGCAGUCUCUUUCUCUCAGCUAGGCCAUAGUCAUUGUUGUAGUGGUGAUCGAUGAGUCUGUCCGGGAAGCAGCGGUUCUCCGCCAACUCUUUCUCCGGGUUCGGGAGCCGGAAGAUGGCAUUGUCCUCCGCCGGGGGUUCGUCAAUGCGCUCCAGCUUCGGGAGCAGAAUGGGCAUUGGGGUCGGAGGAGGAGGCGCUAGUGUCGGAUUCGGGAAGGGCUUUGGAGACGGUGGAGGAGGAGGGUUCAGGAUGUCAUCCUCCAGCCACAUGGCAGGUCUGGGGAGUGGGAUGAGCACCGGUGGCAGCGGCAGCGGGAUGUUCGGAGGCGGUGGAGGAGGAGGUUUCGGGUACGGUGGAGGUGUUGAGGACACGUCCCUCGGGUUCGCCGGUAACGAGAAGCAGCACAUGCACAACCUGAACGACCGCCUGGCAACCUACAUGGAGCAGGUUCGCCAGCUGGAGGCCACCAACCACCAGCUGGAGGAGAAGCUGAAGACCUUCACCUUCAACAAGGUGGAGGCGCACGACCUGACCAUCUACGACGCAACACUCAAACCACUCCUGGAGCAGCUCAUGGGUUUCCUGAUACAGAACACUCAGAUUGCUGUGGAGAUCGACAACGCCAAGCUGACUGCUGACGACUUCAGAGUCAAGUGGGAGAAUGAGCUGUCUUUGCGCCAGUGUGUGGAGGGGGACAUCGGAGGUCUGAGGAACCUGCAGCGGGAGUUUGAGAUGAACAUCACAGCCAUGAUGCAGGACCUGCAGGGGUACGAGAACGAACGGGUCUCCAUGGCGAAGAGCCAUGAAGAGGAGCUGUUGUCCAUGCGUGGGAGGAUGACGGGCCAGGUGAACGUGGAUGUCCAGGCUACUAAGAGCCAGGACCUGUCUCUGAUGCUGGCUGAAGUCAGGUCGGAGUACGAGGCGGCCGUGGAGAAAAACCACAGACAGGCCGAGGCCUGGUACAUGAAACAGGUGGAGAUGAAGCAGGCAGAGUCGGCGGUGGUGAUGGAGACGACCACGACGACCACGUCGGAGAUGACAGAGUUACGGAACCGCUACCAGACCCUACAGAUGGAAUACCAGGGACUACGUAUGGGGAUGGCUAACCUAGAGGCCAGGCUGUUGGAGGUUCAGUCCCAGUUCCAGCAACGUCUGUCUGGGUAUAGUGGCAAGGUGAUGGGCCUGGAGGGAGAACUGACCUCCAUAAGGGCCAGCACCACUGAGCAGAGCCAGGACUACCAGAUCCUUCUGAACAUCAAGAGUCGUCUAGAGAUGGAGAUCCAGCAGUAUAAGCAUCUGCUGGAGGGAGCCGGCCUGGGAGGGGGCAUGGUCCCUGGAGGGGCUGACCUGGGAGGGGGGAUGUUGGUCUCUGGAGGGGCCGGGAGGUCGGCAGGUAAGGCUGUUGUGACCAGGACCACUGUGUUGGAGGUGAAAUCCUCUGGAGGAGGAGUGGGGACGGGAGGAAGCUCCAUGUUGAUGCAUUCCACUAGCUCCACCUCCAGCAGUUCUGGGGGCGGGGCAAAAAUGCUGUCAUCAGGAGGCGCCGCGAUGGUGUCCGGCGGGGGACCGGCCAUGAUGUCAUCAGGAAGCCCCGCAAUGGUGUCUGGCGGCGGAUCAGCCACGGCACCAUCAGGAGGAGGCACGGCCCCAUCAGCAGGAGGCACGGCGCCAUCAGGAGGAGGCACGGCGCCAUCAGUAGGAGGCACGGCGCCAUCAGUAGGAGGCACGGCGCCAUCAGCAGGAGGCACGGCCCCAUCAGCAGGAGGCACGGUCCCAUCAGCAGGAGGCACGGUCCCAUCAGCAGGAGGCACGGCCCCAUCAGCAGGAGGCACGGCCCCAUCAGCAGGAGGCACGGCCCCAUCAGCAGGAGGCACGGCCCCAUCAGGAGGAGGCACGGCCCCAUCAGGAGGAGGCACGGCGCCAUCAGGAGGAGGCACGGCACCAUCAGGAGGAGGCACGGCGCCAUCAGCAGGUGGCACGGCGCCAUCAGCAGGCGGCACGGCGCCAUCAGCAGGAGGCACGGCGCCAUCAGCAGGAGGCACGGCGCCAUCAGCAGGAGGCACGGCGCCAUCAGCAAGCGGCACGGUCCCAUCAGGAGGAGGCACGGCGCCAUCAGCAGGAGGCACGAUGCCAUCAGCAGGAGGCACGGCGCCAUCAGCAAGCGGCACGGCCCCAUCAACAGGAGGCACGGCGCCAUCAGCAGGAGGCACGGCGCCAUCAGCAGGAGGCACGUUGCCAUCAGCAGGAGGCACGGUCCCAUCAGCAGGAGGCACGGCGCCAUCAGCAGGAGGCACCGCCCCAUCAGCAGGUGGCACGGCCCCAUCAGCUGGAGGCACGGCGCCAUCAGCAGGAGGCACGGCGCCAUCAGCUGGAGGCACAGCCCCAUCAGUAGGAGGCACGGCGCCAUCAGCUGGAGGCACAGCCCCAUCAGUAGGAGGCACGGCGCCAUCAGCUGGAGGCACGGCCCCAUCAGUAGGAGGCACGGCGCCAUCAGCUGGAGGCACAGCCCCAUCAGUAGGAGGCACGGCGCCAUCAGCAGGAGGCACGGCGCCAUCAGCAGGAGGCACGGCGCCAUCAGCAGGAGGCACGGCGCCAUCAGCAGGAGGCACGACGCCAUCAGCAGGAGGCACGGCGCCAUCAGCAGGAGGCACGGCGCCAUCAGCAGGAGGCGUCGCAAUGGUGUCCGGUGGGGGACCAGCGCUGAUGUCAUCAGGAGGCGUCGCGAUAGUGUCCGGUGGGGGACCAGCUCUGAUGUCAUCAGGAGGCGUCACAAUGGUGUCCGGUGGGGGACCAGCUCUGAUGUCAUCAGGAGGCGUCGCAAUGGUGUCCGGUGGGGGACCAGCUCUGAUGUCAUCAGGAGGCGUCGCGAUAGUGUCCGGUGGGGGACCAGCUCUGAUGUCAUCAGGAGGCGUCGCGAUAGUGUCCGGUGGGGAUGCAGCUCUGAUGUCAUCAGGAGGCGUCGCAAUGGUGUCCGGUGGGGGAUCAGCUCUGAUGUCAUCAGGAGGUGCUGCGAUGUCAGGCGGGGGCCCAGCCAUGGUGGGAGGUACAGCCACGGUGUCAUCGGAAGGUGGCACUGUGUCCGGCGGAGGUUCCAUGAUGAUGUCAUCGGGCGGGGGCAUGACCGUGUCCGGUAGCAACUCGUCUUCCACCAGCGUGUUGACCAGCUCCACCAUGGAAGGUAAAGUCUCUACUGGUGAUAUUACCAUAGUUCCCAUACAGUGAUUCCCUUCUCUGAUUCACGUCACAACACUCUGCAGGACCACGGAACCCCCUACCCCCACAACACACACACACACACACAGACACACACGACGUGUAGCCUCUCUCUACUACUAACACACAGCUCACCUGGCAGAACACACACAGUCCACAUUC